CUGGGUUACAACUUCUCUGAGCCGCAAGGGAGGGCAAUGAAUGACUCCAUCAUACGAGUGACAGCAUCUGAGGUAUGAAUGCUGUAGUUCUCCCCACCUGCCAGAUGCUCUGAAUGCUUCAAGGGGACCCCGUUUUCCAGCGCUGAGGAUAACAUCUUGCUGUCUUCCAUUCAUCUGGACCAAGCAGCUGAUCUUUUGCUUCCAUCUGAGGAUCCUUGGAAAGAAGAACUUCCCCUUGAAGGGUGCUUCAAACCAUCAUGGCGAUAUUUUGGACAACCUUAUCUUUCCUGGUAUAUGCAUUGAACACAGACCUGGGUGUCCUGGCUGUGAUCAGCUCACAGCCCCAGAAGGACUCGGAAGGCCUCACCAAUCCUUCAGAAGACACCGUGCCUGUAGAGGUGCUGCAGGAGGCGCUGUGGUUUUACCGAAGAGAAGACCCAUCCGCGUGGAAUUACUGCAUCCUGGGCCUUUCAUUUCUCGUUCUGCUCAUUGGCGUAGUCCUCUUGGGAGCUAAUAUAAAGGCAAACAGAAACCAUAAGAAGCCCCUACAAAAACAGGGCUACGAAGUCAGCCUGCCCAACGAGGCCGAAACGAAGCAAGCAUUUGUGCUGUUAAACAAAGAGAAUUUGGAUCCUGCUGGAGAAGAUUUGCUUACAAAAGCACCAAACGCGGGAGAGGUGAUGGUACGCUGGAAGGACGGAAACAUGACAGCCCUGUAUGCUGAUGCAAAUGAAGAGGAAGCAUAGCUCCUAAUGUCAGUGUUCUGGCUUAUGUGAGACCCACCAGGAUUCCUGGACUGUUGACAUUUUUGGAAUGCAGGCCUCAAAGCCAAAUUCAUUAAGUGGAAUCAAAGAGCCAGCAAAAAACAGAGACACACGGGCUCCCUUUGUGUUACAAGUUGUACAAGACAUGUAAUCCACCUAUUCAUGUACCGGCUGUCUUCACACAAAUGUUGAACUAGGUCAGCCCAGUGACCUCAUUCAUAUCAUAUGCUAAGCCUGGUCAGUUGGUUCAUGUUAGUGUUAAUCUUGAUUAGUUGGUUUGUAUCUUACCGUACUGUGUCACCAGGGUGUCCACAGCGUCAAACAAAAUGGCGGCCACGACAGGGCAAUCAAAGCAAUGCUCGUAAAAACCAGGCAGAACUUCGUUUGCUCAGUUGUGGUUACCAUCUUGACAUGUUUGACCGUCCCUGAGGAGACCCCUGACGCCAAGCUAGCUCAAUUAGUUAUUUGAGUAGUGAGUGAAAUAACCAAUUAAGGAUACUGUGCGAAGAUAGCCUGGGUGUGCGAUAGCCAGAAUCGCUUGUUUUGUUGCACUGGCUUCUACAAAAUCUGUCAGAUGAGCUGGAAAGAAGUUCAAGGUCUCUCUGA